CGGCUGGGAGCACUCGACACUGGAACUGCAGGAUCGGCAAUGAUUCGACUCGCUUUCACCUUCUUCAUAGCGUUGCCAGGUAUCCAGGGAAUGGCCUGCUUCCACUGUGUCUCCAUCAACGGCAGCAUGCCCAGCUGCGAGGACCCGUUCUCCAACAUCCCGGACACGUUGAGCCCUCGCUGCACGACCACCUGGAAGAACCGACAAGGCUUGUUUCCUUCCUCAGCUUGCAUCAAGCUCGCCGGUGUUGUAGCUGAGACCGGUGCCGCGUUCGUGGUGCGCACCUGCUCGGUGGAUGGCGCCUCGCUGACGUCAGAGACCGAACUCAGCCGCUCCAGCCACUGCGGCAGCUUUGUCUUCGACGGCGAGCUGGUGUACGGCUGUGUGAAGUCGUGCGACUCCUUCGACGGCUGCAACAGGGCAGUGGGUAGCGUUUUGGCCGGCUGGAGCCGCCGGCUGCCGCUGCUGCUGGCCCUGAGCACGCUGCUGCCGUAGGCUGCUGGCCCUGAACACCCUGCUGCCGUGGGCUGCGCCGACCAACAUCGGCAGCCAAAGGGGCCCUGGCACAUGCGCGCAGUAAACACGCACGAACGCGCACGCGCAAAUGCGCACUUAUGCGCCGAUGUGCAAGUACACAUGCACUUGA